AUGACUCUCUGCUUGAACCGCCUACAGGAGGAGCGAAAGCAGUGGCGGCGUGACCACCCCUUCGGCUUCGUCGCGAAGCCCCAGCGCACCCCGCAGGCUACCCUGGACUUGAAGCGCUGGGAGUGUGCCAUCCCUGGCAAGAAGGACACUCUGUGGGAAGGAUGUGUUUUGAAGCUGGAGCUGAUCUUUCCGGAUGAAUACCCCACGAAACCUCCCAAGUGCAAAUUUACCCCGCCGCUCUUCCACCCUAAUGUCUACCCCUCCGGCACAGUCUGCCUCUCAAUCUUGAAUGAGGAGGAAGCCUGGCGACCCGCAAUCACCAUCAAGCAGAUCCUCCUCGGUAUCCAGGAUUUGCUCAAUGACCCCAACCCCGAGUCACCCGCGCAGGCCGACGCCUACAACCUGUUCAAGAAGGAUCGCCCUGCAUAUGAGCGGCGGGUGCGACAGGUUGUGCGGGACAAUCCCCCGAUGUAA